AGUAGUUAGAGUCUCUCUCUUCUAGAAUUUGGGGGCACAUAAUCUUUUGUGGAGGAUAAAGGUGUGGGAGCUAGAAGGAAAUGGGGUUUGAAUAAGGAAGCCUAUGGUAUUAUAUGAUGUUAGUAACAGGUUCUCCCAACUGGGAGACUGUAUAUUGAGUGGCACUGGUCUCACUGAGCUCAUUAAGAAAUCUGCUGUUCUGUGUGAGAUAAGACUUUGUUCUGUGUGAGAAGUCUAAAGAAGAAAGAGAAAGUGGAAGUGGAAGACCCUAGGAUUAUAAUUGUUCUGUGGUUCAAGAUGUAUGCAAACAGCUGGAAGAGCACUAAGAUCUCAUCGUCACCCCAACUUAUUCCUGAAUGGAAGAACAUGAAACUCCUCAUAGAUGGUAUCUUGAAGGACAUAAAGAUUGAUGAAGAAUCAAAGAAUGAUGCUGUUGUAUUGAGUGACUGGCCUAAGAUUCUCUACCAGGAAUCUCACCAUCCCAAGAACAAACCUUUUGUCUGCUUCUACUCCAUCAAUGUCAAUUACUUUGUCUCCUUAAACUGGAUGGAACCAUAUGGAAAUAAAGUGCAGGCUGUACUUUGGAUGCUGAAAAAAGGUACAGAAAAGAAAGAAGUUAUAGAAAAGACAAAGUUUCAUGUGGUGGCUCCUAUGCCACCCAUCGAAGCGAUGGUCCACACAGGUUCCUACCACACGUUAAUUGCUUAUUGUGGUGAUAUGCAUCUGUGGGUCUUUGGAGAUCACCAGCAAGCCUUCACAUCUCUGGGAACAGUUCCUUGUCGUUUCUCCAUCAGCUGCCUCUGCUAUGACUCAGAAACCAAGAUGCUGUUGUCUGGCACCUUGGGUGCUAUCAUUACCUGGUUUAUCCUGCCAAGUGGCAGAGACCUCCAGAUGGCUCAGACAGUGCCUAUAACUGGUCAUGAGCUGGUACAGAGCUUUUCCCUGACUGGCCCCCAGGACUCCCUACUUGCUCUGUGCGAAAAUGCAGUGAGAGUCUUCACCCACCAAGGGCAGGGCCAGCUGAAAGAAGUAAAGAAGUUCACUCUUGUAACCAGUGGCACCUCCAUCACUUGCUGCUUUACCUGUGUCUCUCAGGGCACAUUGUAUGCUGGAAACAGAGCUGGAGAAAUCCAUGCUUGGGGUUUAGAACGGAGUAACUUCCUCCACAGUUUCCAGGCCCAUUCGUCAUCAGUGAUAUGUGUCCACAGUCGGCCAGAGACCUACACUUUACUAACAGCAGGCGGUGAGGGGGUAGUGAGGGAAUGGAAUCUUGCAUCUGGGAGCCUGCUGCGGCAGCUGAGUAUUUACCAGGAUCUGCGGCAACUGCAGUUUAUUGAUGACACCACUCUUUUCUGCCAGAGUACCUCUACUUUCUCACUGCACCGACUACCCUAUUUUUAUAACCUCUUCCAUGUCUGUGGCUCUGCUCCCCAGGACAUGCAGCGUGUCUGCUGUGGCCACAAUUGGACUCGGAUCCUGUGUGCCACCGAGGAUGGGUUAUUGCGCUUCCUGUCUCCAGUCACAGGGGAUCUUCUGGUUAUCACCUGGCCUCUUCUUGUCAUGGAUAAGGCUGUAGCUUGGGCCUAUGACUCAGAGAGACAGGAGCUCUUUGUGGCAACAGGCAAUCCAGAGGUGCUGGUAUUUGAUGCAACACGCUCUCCUUGCACAGCCAAGUAUCUUGUGUACACCUCGGGAAACUCCACAGAUAGAGUAAGAUGCCUGGCCUAUGGGAGGUCCCGUUUGGGUAAGGGGCUAGAUGGAUUAAUGUUCUGUGGGCAUGAGAGUGGUAUUGUUAGAAUCCUCUCCCACCACAGGUGUGCCCGAAUAGAGAAGACUGUUCACUCUGGGGCAGUAUUGACAUUGUCUACCCUGGAAAAUCCCCAGGAAAACUCCUUGCUCUGUUCCUAUGGCAAAGAUGACAUUAUACACCUGACAAAAGCUCUGCUUCAGGAGGACAAAGUAAUCCUACAACCUUUCAGCAAAAUUAUCUGUGUUUGCCCCCUAAAACACGUGAUACUCUUGCCAGGUUCUGUAGGUGCCAUCACUGAGACUUGCUGCUGGUGCCUUUGGCACUACCAGGACUUUCCGACAUCAUCAGAAUCAAAACAAAGCCCCAUGUUCAGAGAGACAAAAUGCCUCCAUGAAUGUGAUAUCACAUCAUUUGAUGUCUGUUUUUCUCUGGAACUUUUUGUUACAAGGGAUAUUGAUGGCUCAGUUCGGAUAUGGGACUUCCACGGUAGACUUGUGACUGAGUUAGACUCAGCAUUACGUUUUGGUCCACUCUGCUUUGCCAAUAAUCGAGGUGAUCUGCUUUUGACUUUCAACCAGAGUAUUUAUGUAGUAUCCUGCUUAAAAUUGCUCCCCCCAGCUCAGCUGAUUCACCUAGGUAUUUUGAACACUGUGGAUGAAAUACAAGAAGUCCCUAAACCCUUCCUGCCUAGCUUCUUCUUUCUGUUUGAAAAGGUGCUUGUACCCAAAUUUGUCUACCUCGGACAAGGGCUGCAGGAAUUUCAGGGGCUAGAGAUCCUCAUCAACAAACGAGGUAUUGCUUUUGAUAAUACUGUGCCCCAUGUUGUUGAGGAAGAGAGGCGUAUGUCCUUUGUGAUUCAAGAGAGACCAAAACGGUCUUGUUUGGAGGAGAUGGAUAUUAAUAUGUGCACUCUUGACCCUGAGCAUCAUCGUCCCCCUUAUGUGGCUCCUGCUCAAUUACAGCUGGCUGGCUGGGAAGGAUUCAAUCCCUACCACAUAGUUCGGCGCUUUUUUAGUAAAAGGCGCCCUUGGCCUUUUACUCCUGAUGGCUACAUCCCUAACUCAGUGAUCCGUGCAUGUCUUUGGCCUAAGGGUACCUCAGUCUUCCUAAGUUUUGGUAUAUACUCACUCUACCAAGAUAAGGAUGGGGACAUGACUGAACUUGGAAGAGUCCAGGCACUGCCGCCUGAGACUUUAGAAGGUGAGGAAAUCUCACUGAGAAAACAGAAGGCUAAAUUCAAGGAGUGGAAAAGAUCUUCCUUUGAUCUUGAAAGCAUGACAAACCAAAAUUGGAUGGGAAGAAAUCUGAGUGAAGGGUUUAUAGAAGAUUUAAUAGAGAAUAUCCUUAGCCUCACAAUUUACUGUUCUGUAGAGAAUUACAAGAAAUAUUUUAGUGUCCUGGCACAAAUUUUUACCAUUUACCAAAUACCUUCAAGAUUGUAUACGGAGACAGCCUAUCAGCUCCUGAAAGAUACUACCCAUUCUAAUCCGCAUAUCCGCGAGCUAGCCUGGGAGAUGUUAGAGAGGCUAGGCAUCAUGAAUGAUGCUUUUGCUAUUCCUCUGGCUAUGGGAUUGAUGGACAGUGAAAAAAAUGUGCGGACUAAGGUCUUACAUCUUAUGACAAGAGUCAUAGGCAUUCAAACCAAGACCAUGUUGAUACAUCUGCUGAAGAAACCAGAAACUCUUCAAAAAAUGCAGAUGGAAAUUAUUGGGGAUAUCACUCUGGGCCAGCUGCUGGACAUUCAAGCUAGUGAUAUACAGUGCCUACUUACUCAAGUGGAGCAGCAGCUAAAUGAAAACCUGACCUUAUCAUAUAAAGACAGACUAUUUUCUUUUGACUUAUCAAGGGAGAACAAACUUAAUACUCUUGAUGAAGAACCACUCAGACCUUUAUCAGAAACUCAAAAGAUCUCUGAACAGAAAAAAAGAAAGAGACGUGUUCAAGCAAAGAGCAGAAAGCUUAUUAAAAAUGAUGUGAGAGUUGUCAAGAAACAGAAAAAGAUAGAAUUUAGAAAGGUUACUUCUGUUUUGGUGCCUUCAAAGGAUGCAGUUAAACAAAGCCUUGAACAAAGAGUGGACAGCAGACCAGAGCAAAUUGACACCCAGCAUGUUGCCCCAGAGCCAGAACCUCCACAAAGUACUUUUAUCCCAGUCAAAUCCCAGAUUGUUGCUAAGAAAACAGAGGUGGUAUUGAAAGUUAAGGAAAGCACAGAAUCCCUUGGGGUCAAAGAGGCCAUGGAGGUCACAGAGACCAUGGAGGUCACAGAUCAAUAUAGUGUGGAAGUUGAAAGCAAAGAUAUCUCUAAGCUGGAUAGACGAGAACAUGUGAAAGAGCUUUGGAAAAGAGCAAUUAAAAAAGGCCGAAUAAUAGCAAUUAUGCAACAGAAAGAGAAAAAGGAUUUGAAGGAUAUUUCAGAAGCAACUACAGAAGAGCCCAUGGAAGAAUUCAUACAGGUUUCUGAGCAAGAAAAAUAUAAAAGGAAGAAACCUGGAAAGAGUAGCCGUGGUCUAGCUGGGGCUCCUGGUCGCAAAGGUAAAUUAGAUACAAGCUCUUGGCGAGAUGACAUUUGCUACCUUGUCACCUCAAGGAUAACAGGUUCCGAUCCAGAUGUGUUAAGAGAUCUGAGUAAGGAAUUGGUGGAUCUGGCUCGGGUGAUGCUUGCUGACCGGCAGCCUAGCUGGGAUCUUUUCCAAGAAAUCUGUCCCCUUUUAGAGGACUCAAGGUCAUUCUCAUCAAAGUUGGAUGGCAGAAUAGUGCAAGAACAACCCAUCAUGACAGAAACAGUGGUUAAAGGAGCUAUCAAGGAUGAAGGGAAAGUCAUAUCAAGAGAAAAAGGGGGUACAGUGUUGAAGACUAAAAAAGCUAAGAGAGUUUCUUUCUUAGAAGAUCACCUCAUUUUAGAGAAACAGAAAUUUAAAACUGAAGUAAGGAAACCAGCUAAGCAAGAAGGGAAAAUAGUUAAGGAAGAAAAGAAACUGAAGAGGCCAGAGGAAAAAAUAAUGCAAGGAAAAAAGGAAUUGACCAAGGAUGAGAAGAAACUGACCCACCUAGAAGAAAAACCAGCUUCAGAAGAAGAAAUACUUGCUUCCCUACAAAAGAAAUUAACCACAGAAGAACAGAAACAAGUCCUAGAAAAAAGGAGAUUGCCUAGAAAAGAGAGGAAACCACUAGGAAAGGGAAAAGAAGAGAUCCAGAAAGAGGGGAAGCCAACAUUGGGCUGGGAAAAGAUUAUGCAGGUCCAGGAGGAAAGUAUAAGGACCAAGGAAAAAAGGAAAUUGUCUUGGAAAGAGAAGAAACUGCAUGAGGAGGAGGAACUGGCCAGAGAAGAAGAGAAACUGACCUGGGAAAAGGAAGAACUGGCCAGAGAAGAAGAGGAAGUAUCCUGGGAAGAAGAGGAACUGGCUAAGGAAGAAGAAGAGGAACUAAGCCAGGGCAUAGAGAAACGAGUUGGAGAAAAGAAGAAACAUAUCCAGGAAAAGGAGAAACCUUUUGAGGAAGAGGAAGAAGAGAUCUGGACACUAGAAGAAUUAUCCCAGGAUCUUUUGUUUAAAGAAGAAGAACUUUUGGGGGAAGAGAGAAAACAGGCAUUAGAAAGGGGAAGACUGGCAGAGCAAGAGAAUAAAUUGACCCAAGAAGAGAAGAAACAGUCUGGAAAAGAAGAAAAAGAGGCUCGUAAAAAGGAACAAAUCCAAGAAAAGAGAGAAAAGCAAGUUGAUGAACAGGAGACACAAGACCAGAUAGAGAGACAGACACAGAAAGAAAAGAAAGAGGCCAAGAAGAAUAAGCAGUUAGCAUUGAAAAGAAAGAAACUGGACCUAGUAGAGGAUGAAAAGUUUGAAGAAGUGAAGAGAUUGUCACAGAAAGAUAAAGAGCCCUGGAAAAAGUCAAGUAAAACUAGGGAAAAGGAGAGGAGGGCACAGAAAAAGGAGAAAACAACUGUGGAAAAGGGACCACUGGCUUGGGGAAAGGAGGAACUGGGUCUAGAAAAGGAGGAACCAACUGAAGAAAUAGAGGAAUGGUCAAAGGAAAAAGAGAAACAGGCCAGAAGAGGAAAAAAACAGACCUUGGAAGAACAGAGACGAGCCUGGGAAGAGGAGAAAUUGGCCCAAAGAUUGGAGAAAGAGGCUGAGAAAAUAAAAGUACACCCCAGAGCAAAAAUGAAACCGAUUCCAGAGAAGGAGAAAAUGAUGGAAGAAGCUGAUAAACGGUUCCCAAAAGAAGCAAAACAGGACAUGAAAACAGAGAAACAAGCUAAGAAAGAAGAGGAAUUAGUUAGGCAAGAUGAGAAGGAGGUUGAGAAAAAAACACAGUGGAUCCGAGAAGAAGAGAAAAUAACUCUGCAAGAGGAAAAACUGCCCCAGAAAAAAGGAAUAUGGAGUCAGAGAAAGGAAAAAUGGUUCAAAAAAGAGGAGAAAGAAGCUGAGCAAAAAAGUCAGUGGGGCUGGGGAAAAGAGAAAUUAUCCUUAGACAAGUUCCAGGAAAAAAAGGAUGAUGCCAAGGAAAAAGAGAAAAUGAUACUGGAUAAGAGAAUGAUCCCAAAAUAUAGUGAACUGGCCAAGAAAAAGAAACAUGUUACUAAGAAAGAAAGGGCAGUAGCCAAGGAAAUAACUGUCAUAAGUAAGAGAAGGAGAACAAUAACCCAAGAAGAGAAAGAAAUUAUGAAAAAAGAAGAUCAAUUGUUCCAGGAUCAAAGAAAACUGGCCUAUGACAUUAAGAUCAAAGAAAGGGAUGUUACCAAGGGAAAAAAGAAACUAAGCAAACAGGAAAUAAUGCAAGCAAGGAGGAAACUGGAUAUGGAAAAGGAGCUUAGUUCUAUAGAGAAAGAGGAACCUAGUUCCAGGGGGAAAAAUGCAAAGAUGAAAGAGAAUCAACUGUUGAUGAUCUUGGCUGGAAUAGUUAGAGAACUGAGUACACUGCCUUUGAAAAAGACAGAAAUAACUGAGGAAGAGAGAUCGUCCAUUAUGAGGAGUGAAACUGAUGGUCAUAGGUGGGAAUUUUUUAAGGGACAGAAGGAAAUGACUGAAGAAGAGAAGGAACAGGUUCAGAAAGAAAGAGAGCUAGAUGAUGACAGAAUGGCCACCAGAGAGAGAACAUUGACUGAAGAAGAGAGCUUGGAGGAGGACAAAAGAUUAUUAGAGGAGGUCCAGGAAAAGAUAAUAUUCAAUAAAAUCCAGAUAGAGACUAUAUUAAAGGAGGCUAAGGAACAGAAUCUAUUAGACAAACAGCAGCUAGAGGAGCUUGUGAAGAGAAUUGAGGAGAAUGAUCCAGAAAAGACCCAGGCAAAGUGGUUAUUAGAGAAUAUCAGAGAGAUAUUCUAUGAGGGCCUUAUUGAGAAGGAAAUAGAGGAAGAUCAAGUUAAAAAAGAGAAAGUGGAGGAAAGCCCAAUAGAGGAGGAAAUUAAAGAGGAAAGAAAGUAUCUCAAGAAGAAGAAAAAAAUAGUAAGCCCGAGUGAAGAGGGACUGGAGGAAAUGUUGGCUAAGAAGCAUAAGAAAAAGAGUUUGGCUCAAAAAAGGAGAAAGGAAAAGAGAUUAGCUGAGAAAAAAAAGAGGCUGGGUAGGAAGGAAAAAGAGGAAAAGGAGCGCCUUACCAAGGACAAGGGGGAGCACCCAAGUGAGGAGGAGGAGAGUUCGAUGGAGGAAGAGGAAGAUGGAAUUAUUCUGCCCAAGAAAGAGUCAAAGAAAUAUCUGAUUAAACAGAAAGGGAAAAAGAUAAGCCUACGUGAAGAAGAACUGGAGGAAGACUUGGCUAAGAAACAUAAGAAAAAAAGUUUGGCUCAAAAAAGGAAAAAGGAAAAGAGGUCACCCAGGAAGGAAAAGAAGCUGAGAAGGAAGAAAAAAGAAGGAUCCAGUGAGGAAGAGGAGCACCUUAGCAGGGAGGAAGGGGAGGAAUACCCAAGUGAGGAGGAGGAGGAGGAGAGCCUGGUAGAGGAAGGGGAAGAUGGAAAGAUACUGUACAAGAAAGAGGAAAAGGAGUAUCUAUUUAAAAAAAAGAAAAGAAAGAUGAGCCUGAGUGAAGAGGAACUGGAGGAAGACUUGGCUAAGAAGCAUAAGAAAAAGAGAUUGGCUCAAAAAAGGAAAAAGACAAAGAGGUUGGCCAGGAAGGAAGAGAGGCUGAGUAAGAAAGGAAAAGUGGGCCCAGCUGAGGAAGAGGAGCUCCCACAUGGGGAAGAAGGGGAGUUCCCAAGUGGAAAAGAGGAGGAGGGCCUGAGUGAGGAGGAGGAGAGCCUUAGUGAGGAAGAGAAAGAGAGUCUGAGUGAGAAAGAGCAAGAAAGUCUGAGUGAGGAAGAGGAAGAGAGCCUGAGUGAGGAGGAGGAGAGCCUGAGUGAGGAAGAGGAAGAGAGUCUGAGUGAGAAGGAAGAAGAAAGUCUGAGUGAGGAAGAGAAGAGUCUGAGUGAGGAAGAGGAAGAAAGUCUGAGUGAGGAAGAGGAAGAGAGUCUGAGUGAGGAAGAAAGGCUUAGAGAGGAAGAGGUAGAAAGGCUGAGUGAGGAAGAGGAAGAAAGGCUGAGUGAGGAAGAGGAAGAAAGGCUGAGUGAGGAAGAAAGGCUGAGUGAGGAAGAGAAGGAAAGGCUGAGUGAGGAAGAGGAGGAAAGGCUGAGUGAGGAAGAAAGGCUGAGUGAGGAAGAGGAGGAAAGGCUGAGUGAGGAAGAGGAGGAAAGGCUGAGUGAGGAGGAAGAAAGGCUGAGUGAGGAAGAGGAACGUCUGAGCGAGGAGGAGGAGGAAGAGAGCCUGAGCAAGGAAAAGGAGGAAAGGGAGAAGAUGCAGAAAAAAGAGGAGGAAAGGCAGAAGGACGUGGGGAUCCUGAGUAAAGAGAAAGAAAAGGAGCACAGAGCUAGGGAGGUGAUACGCUCAGAAGAGAGAGCAUUACAAAUAGAAAUCUCAAAGAGAAAAGUGGGCUUACCCAAGCCAACCACAGAAGGGGAGGAUCUUGCUGAGAAAAGAGAAGGUACAACUAUUAGACAAAUUAUUUUUAAGAAAAAGCGUUUGCUUGAUGGAAAGAGAGAAUUUAGACUUAGGGACAAGAGCUCCUUAAAAAUACCAGCCCAAGUAACCCAGGUGAAAAAAGAAAGAAUGCCCCUGAAUGUAUUAAAGGGCCAUGUUGAUUUGAAAAAAAAACAGGACAGUCGGAUUUUUGAAGAACAUCCCAUGACAUGUUCAUUGAGAAGACAAGAGGAGGUACUCUUGGAGAAAGCCAGGAGUGUGUUUUUACAGACCAUAGAAACAGGCUUAGAGACUCAGAUCUCUGAGGGUCUCCACAAGCCACAGUUCCAAUUAUCUGAUGCUAUCAUGAAACCACACAAAACUGAACGUAGACCCAAAGGUGAUAGGUGGAAAUGGUUCAUACGGUAUCAUGAUUUGCCAGCAGAGAAAACUGAAGGCCAAGCUCCAGCCCCAGCCCCAGCUCCAACCCCAAUCCCAACCCUUGCUUCCUCUCCUGAAGAGCCAGCCUAUUCCAAAGCAAGCAUGUCAGAUGAAGAUUGGAUUAACAACGCCUUAGCAAGGCUGCAGGCAGGAGAGCAACUCUCCGGGGACAGUUUCCAUCGACUGAACCAGCUUCUCAGAGACUUCCCUUCAAAGGGAUACUUGAAAUGGAUGCAUCUCUCCAAUCUUAAGACCAUUGCUAAACACUUCGGAAAAAACCUAGAGUUAAGUCACCCUGACAAAUUACAACCUUAUAAGGAUAUUUUGAGUCCAAUGUACUUAAAAGUGAUUCCUCCAAUUAGAAGAAAAGAAAAAGAAAGCAUGCUAGAGUCAUUCUGUAUCCCCAAGCCAGUGUUCCUAUCAGCUACCAAGAGAACUCAAACCCAGCCAAUCCUCAACUGGCAUCUUGCAGCUGAGUCCUACAGGGAGAAGCAGGCCCAGCAGUUAUCCAUGGCUGUCAGGAAGAUAAAGCAUGUUUAUCCAGUCAGAAGGUAUGUUCCUACAACUCUUUAUCCACUUAUGGAUAAAAAUUCCUUGGCUUUGAAAUCCCAGAAGGACUUUCCAGCUUUGAAAGGGAGUGGUGAGCUCCUCAAAUUUUCCAAGGCAAAGGAGGAAGCACUGCCCAUCCCUGCACCAGUAUUACCAUCAAUCACCAAAAUAAUUCAAGUGCCAAAAGCUAUAAAUUGGCAUAUUCUAGGAGAGCCUUACAGGAGUGGGCGAAUAGAACAACUAUCCAAUGUUCUCAAAGAGAUGGAGGCACAACAUUUUUAUCCUGCCGCCAGGGACAUUUUCACAGGUGCCCAUGCCCCUGUCGACAAACAAACCCUGGCACUGAUGUUUCAGAAGGACUUAUGGAAUGUUAAGGGUAGAGGUAGGCCUCGUAAGUUGCCCAAGUUAGAGAAAAAGACGCAGCUCAUCUCAAAAAAAAAGGAGGAGCUGCCUCCAUGGGAGACAUUUGUGGCACUGUACUAUGUCUUGCGGAUGCUGCAGCAGCGAUAUGCCAAAGACACGGCUGCCUGGAUGGAACAGUUCUAUCAGCUCAUGGACCUGUACCAACUUAAGUCUCCUCGCAUCCAGAGGCUGCUACAGGACCUGCUACUGCGGGAGGAACCUCAAUCCCAGGAGAUCACCUACAAAGAGGCACUAAACACCACGGAGCUAGUUCCUGGGGAGCGGUUAUUUUAUCACCUGUUUUGUGGUAGGUCUCAUAUCCCCAAAAAUCCUCCAGAGUUCCAGGAUGUGAUACCUCUCCCUGGGCAGAACAAAGUGCAUAGUAUCCAACCUGUGGGCAUUGCCCAAUAUGGGUUCCUGGAACUUGCCUGGAAAAGCCUACCGCAAGUCAAUCCUUACUGUACUGAUAGGCCCCCCAACAUCCCCACCCCUACUUUCUGAUUUGGCUUAAUAUUAAAAUUGGGAUCCUACUGGAAAAUGAUAUUAGAUCACAGAUUUUGAGCCUCCUUACUUGUUCUCCUCUCCAAGGUAGGAUUAGAUGAGGACCUACUUUCAUUCAUUUCCAGAAACUUCAUAUUAUGUCUGAAUAAAAUCAUAUUUUCUCGCUUAUAGCAAGUAGUCUGGCUUCUCUUCUCCAAGCCUAGAAUCUGUUGGAAAGUGACCAGAGAAAAUAUUUACCUCUUUUCCUAAGAAAGACACUUUUUUUUUUCCAGUUUGUUGUAUACACCCUUUUUUUUUUUUAACAGAACACAUUAUUUUUACUACGUGAAUAUCUAGGGUUUCUCUAUUCACAAGUGCAGAUUUAUUCUUGAACUCUAGGCUCAAGUGAUUCAUAUAUUCUUUUACUACAGAGGACAUGUACUUUAUAACAAUCUGUUUAGAAAAUAUUUUACAUAAAAACACACAAAGCAUUUAUGAAUACUCUUCAUCUUCACAAUGAAACUUCUGCAGAGGUUUGCCUGAAGAUCAUAAUUUUCAACAAAACACCCACGAUUGAAUAGAACAUAUCUUACAUACUGAAGAUCAUUGCUAUUUAAAGUUUCCCUUUCAACAGGUCUUCAAAGAAGGAGGUACCUUUCUCUGAAGGGAGGAGAGAACCUCCACUUUGAAUAUGACCUUGUCUAAACAAGAUAAGAGUCGGUGAACUCAAAAGGCUUCCAUAGCCUUGGAAACUCAUGACUGGUGCAUAGGGAGAUUACUGAUGCCAUAAACAGGAGUGUCAAUUUGUAAAGUCAACAACAGGAGUCACUGUGCACUUACUCCUCAUGUAGGAUCUCUGUCCUUAAUGUGCUGUACAUUGAGACUUAAUGCGAUAAUGAGUACUCAAACAGUAUAUUUCGCUUUGUGUUUCUAUGGGGGUGCAAACUGUUGAAAUCUUUACUUAAUGUAUACUAAACUGAUCUUCUGUAAAAAAAAAAAAAAAAGAAGAAGAAAUUAUCAAUUCCCAACUUGACUCUCACUGGGAUUAAACAUGACAAUAGGUCUGA